GUCGGACCUACACGGGCCGAGUCGGCUCUGUCACCAGUUCUCGACUGGAAGUGCGGCUGAAGGAUCCAUGAUCGUCUGCGGCGGAAACGAGAUCUCGGCGCCACAUUGGCUGACGCUGGAGCAGGGGCUGGACGAGCUGACGCUGCCGGACGUGCACGGGGCUUUCGGGGUGCCCAAGUUGCGCGGCGUGCCCGCGGAGUGCAUCGUGGGAGUCGCCCCCGAGCUCCCGACCAUGAUCCAGCUGAACGGCCUGGCGCUGUCCGAGUCGGAGGGUCUGCUGUGGCGCGGCGCGGGCAAGGAGGCCUUCUUCUACGUCUUCGCGG